AUGGAACGCGACAAAUACGUCUAUCGAUAUAGGAAGGUAGAGGGUUCAGAUGAGUUGAUGGACAUAUUUUGGACUCAUCCAAACGCUAUCACUCUUGUAGAUAAUUUUCACAUAGUAUUGAUUAUGGAUUGCACUUACAAGACCUAUAGGUAUCGAAUGUCAUUACUUGAGAUUAUUGGUGUUACAUCUACUGAAAUGACAUUUUGUGUGGGAUUUGCAUAUCUACAGUUUGAGUGUGCUGAUAACUUCACGUGGGCACUACAAAUAGUGAAAGAACAGAUUACAAGUGGUGAAGUUGAAGUCAUCGUUACUGAUAGAGACCUUGCUUUGAUAAACGCGGUUGAAAAUGUUUUUCCAAAAGUAGUGAAUUUAUUAUGCUUGUUUCAUAUAUGCAAGAAUGUCAAAACUAAGUGCAAGAUGAAUGUGUUUUCAAAAAAGAAGCAAGUGCAAAUAUUGGAGGCAUGGGAGACUCUUAUUUACAGUUAUGAUGAGGCUCAGUACUACAUGAAGUUGGCUAUCUUUGAAGGAAUUUGUAGUAAUUGUUCUAUUUUUUAUGAUUAUGUACACGAGCAGUGGUUAAUUCCUUACAAUGAAAGGUUUGUUGAGGCGUUGACAAAUAGAGUUAUGCACUUUGGGAACACCACAACACAAAGGGUUGAGUCGGUGCAUUGGAGUUUGACAAGGAUAUUACAAGAUAGUAUUGGUGAUAUAUGCAGUGUUUGGGAAACCAUCAAUAGCAUGAUUGUAUUACAACACAAUGAGAUAAUAGCAUCAUUUGAAAAGAGCAUCAUUCAAAAGGUGCAUCGAUAUAGUAACAGAUUAUACGCAAAUUUGCAUGGUGUUGUGUCAAAAAAUACAAUAGAUCACAUUGCGGCAGAGUAUAACCGCGUGAAGACAACACAUGGUCUACCUUGUACAUGUGAAAUAGCCACGUAUAGUAUGAUCCCACGUUCCAUUCCAUUAGACGUUAUUCAUGUUUGGUGGAGUAAAUUAACUUUCCAUGUUGAUGCAUCAAGUAAACCUUCAGAGUUAUCUGUGAAACAUGAAAUAGAUGUCAUAGUGAAAAAGUUUGAAGAACUUGAUGUACCUGGCAAAAUUUCACUUAAAGGUAAAUUACGAGAGAUCGCGUAUCCAUCGACUACGUCGAUGUUUCCACCGGUUGCCAAGGUUAAAACAAAAGGUGCACCAAAAAAAGGCAAAAGUAAGAUAUCAAAAAGAGAUAAAUCAACCAAGUGUGAUCCAUCUUGGUGGGAGUAUGUGGAUGCAAAUGUUAGAUAUAACAUUAUUGAUGUCGGUGAUGAUAGUAAUUGUGGAUAUCGUGCAGUUGCAACUUUACUUGGAAUGGGUGAGAACUGUUGGGCAUUCAUCUGUCAACAAUGUGUGGUAGAGCUUCAAGAGUUCAUGUCUCAUUACGAGAUACUAUUUGGUGGAGAAAAUUAUGUUCGAAAACUUAUACACAAUGUGUAUGUUGAGCAAGUUGCAUCAAAAGAUAAUUGGAUGACACUUCCAGAAAUGAGAUAUGUGAUUGCUUUGAAGUUUAACUUGGUUGUCGUCGCAUUAUCACUUAACCAAUCGCAAACAUAUUUUCCACUUCGAAGUCCACCACCAACAUCUAUGUCAGAUUAUCGUGUGAUUGUUAUUGCAUUUGUUAACAACUGUCAUUUCGUACAUGUAUUAAUUAUCGUAUUAAAUUGUUAUUGA